UAGAGCCAUUAUGUGUCAAUUUGUUUUUCAUUUAGAAUAUUAAGUAUGCAGUUGUCAGUUUUAGAUGAGGGGAAAUUUUGCCAGGGAAUGUCCUGUAGAACAGAAAUAAGGAAUUAGGUUUCUAUACUUCAUGACUAAUUGUAGCCCUUUAAAUAUGCAAAAAUAGUUUUCUCCGCUCUUUAUUCAAAUCAUGAGUUCAACCUUUACCACCCACCAAAGCUUUCUCAUAAAAUGUUUCGUAAGAAAAACCUUGCCUCAGCGAAAAAUAUUUUGUCAUGCAAAUCAGCAUUGAGGAAACGAGAGUGGCGCCCCACAGAAACUCUGAGAGCAGACUUCUAGGAAUAGCUUCAGUGCACAAUGUCUCCCUCUCUAGUAAUCAAUCGCUUUAAUUUCAAUAGAUGCAAUAUAUUACCUGAAACAUUUUAAGAUUUAACUAUGUCACUUUGUUAUUAACCUUUUCUUUAAACUUGAUGUUGAUAUUGUGGUGUACUUUUUUAUAGACAGGUUAUUUCCUAACGAUGUUUACAACUGGUUUCGAUUGGACACUACCAAACUCAUUAUGCAGUGUGGUCACACGUCCACCCACCCAGUUCCUCUCUCUGCCCACAAGCAUCGCUUGUUCACAAUGUUUCCACAAACAUUGCCAAUGAUAUAAAAGCCAUCAAACCAUCAAAUUAUUUAAGCAAGAGCACCUCUUAAGUUGGCCUGAGUUAAAAUGACACCUCUGUUAUCUUGGAUAUUUGUUGUCCUGUGGACCUUCCUGCAGGAAGCCCAUGGACUCACCUUUUUUCCAGACAAUGCCGUGUUCAUGGCUAAAGCAGGUACGGUUAGUCUGACUUGUGAUUCAGCGACUACCGGGAACGUCAACUGGGUGUUCAUACCACAUGGAGAUGUCCAAAAGAUCCCGUUGAAGGGGACUGAGAGAAGACUAGAAGUGGCCUAUGAGGACACACCACAGUUGGGGGAAUACAGCUGCUGGAGUGGGGAAACAAAGUUGUGGUCUGCCCAUCUGGUCCUUGAUGCACAGGACACUAGUGCUGAUUCUAUGUUAAACUGCUGGGCAAAAUCGUAUAACUGUUCCUUCAACUGCCACUGGAGCGAUACUUACUAUACCGCCGUACGACUCGGUCUGGGGAAGGACUGUUCUGAAAAUAGAAAGAACUGCUCGUGGAUCACCAGCUCCAGUCAGCAGCACCCUGGGCAAGGUUUCGUGUUUGAGCUGUCCAACUCCCUCACACCAUCCAUGGAGGAAACCACGAGGAUAGAAGUCACCGCUGAGGCCAUGAACGAUUACAUCUUCCACAGGACCAACAAGACAUUCUUUCUCAGGGAUAUUAUUCGACCAGAGAGUCCCAAGAUAGUCCAAUGUCAGGAAGUGGGUCAUCAACUGAAUGUGAGCAUAGAACCAGCGGCCAGCUGGUCCAAGCCACAUAGUUACUUCAAAUUGGAGCAUGAGAUAGAAUAUGUGUCCAGACACAAUGGCAAGAAUAUAAUCUCAGAGACUCAUUUGAUACCGAGGGAGAUCAGCAAACUCAGAGUUCGGUCCAGAGAGGCUGUGGUGCGCUCAAAGUGGAGUAAAUGGACUCCAUGGAGACAUAUAAACCUUUAAUCUGAGUAUUCUCACCCUGUCAUGCCCUAUAUUCUCUUUCCUUUCAAGCUCAAACUUGUCUGCACACAUAUGUUGACAUGCUAUGCUUUUCUCUAAUCAUAAAGUGCAAAUGAUUGUGUCUUGGGGCUUCAAAAUUAAAUCAAACAGAGAUAAUAUAUAUAUAUAUAUAUCAUUUUCUGAUUAUUUAUUGAUGCAUUAUUGGUUUAUUUAUUUAUUUAUUUAUAAUGGAACACAAAAUAUAAAUUUCUUCUGGCUCUGUCUUCUCUCACUUUUUAAACGUGUUUGUAUUUCUAUGUAUUUGACUCCAGCACUUUCGAUUAAAAGUUUGUUUACUCAUAUAUAAGUUGCUUGUUCAGUCAUUGUCAUAGUUUUUUCCUGGCUCACCUGUGAUUCAAUUUAGGUAGCAGUUCAUUACCGAGGCGACUAAAAAAGAUCAGUGGCAGCUUAUCUGUUGCUAUGACGCAGAAGAUAAGGAGAUGAUAUUUAUUGACAAUAAAUGUUAAGAUUGUUAGCAUCACUCAAGUCCAGUCCAAUCCAGUAGCAGAAAUUAUACCGUUAAAAUAAUUUAAAAAAGAUAUGCUGUCCAACGCUCUAAAUAUCCAACAAGGUUCUCCCCUAAUUACUCCCGUAUAUUUUUUAUGAACAGUAUUGUUCUUGACAAUAACAAAAAUAUCAACAGAAAAUCGUCUUGUGAUUAUCAAGCUUCCACAUUCUGGCACAUAUUUGUCAUCAUGGUUUGGCACAGCAGAAAUGAUGGCAAAUAGUGGUAAAAAUGGCGUACAACAACCCUCAAAAUGGAACCAAAGCAUAGUUGCAGUUAAAACUCACAAAUCUGUAGUUUUGCUCUUCAUUGUCAAGAGCAUAAGCAACCACAUAAGGGAAGGACCCCUGGUUUCUCCUUAAUAGC